AACUAGACAACAGAAAAGGGAAGAAAACCAUGAAAAACGCAGCCAAAACCCACCACAUAUUACAGACAGACAAAGUCCAGAAGAGAAAGUCACCUACCUUUAUUCAUCUCCCCCAUUACAAAGUCUGUCAAGACUCUAAAAAAGCUUCAAUCUUUCUUCUCCUCCUCCUCCUUAUAUAUAUAUAUAUCAUUCCAAUGCCUUACACCCAAACAGUAACCACCACAAUGGGCGAGGCCGGCCUCACCCUCACCGCGCCGCUCCUCUCUCCUCCUCCUCCUCCGCCGUCCGAUCAACCCCACUUGAUCGUCACCGUCCACGACGACGACGACGACGACCACGGCAACGGCAACGGCAACGGCAACCCGUUUGCGUUUCUCGGGUCGGGCGGGUUUAAGGUGGCCGUAUCGACGACGGCGGAUCCGUUCAAGAACCAUACUUUGAAAAUCGGAGGGGUUUACGAGUGGUUAAAGAUCGGGGUUUGCUUCCCCAUCGCGAUUGUGAGGCUUGUGAUAUUUGGGGUUUCGUUGCUGAUUGGGUUUGUGGCCACCAAAUUGGCUCUGUUGGGAUGGAAGGAUAGGCAGAACCCUAUGCCCAAGUGGAGGUGUAGGAUCAUGUGGAUCACUAGGGUCUGUACCAGAUGUAUUCUCUUCGCCUUUGGUUACCAUUGGAUAAGACGGAUAGGAAAACCUGCUCCAAGAGCAACCGCCCCAAUUGUUGUAUCUAAUCAUGUAUCUUUUAUAGAACCUAUAUUCUACUUUUAUGAACUAUUCCCUACGAUUGUCGCAUCUGAGUCCCAUGAUUCCCUACCUUUUGUUGGAACCAUCAUCAGAGCAAUGCAGGUGAUAUAUGUUAAUAGGUUUUCACCAUCAUCAAGGAGGCAAGCUGUUACUGAAAUAAAGAGAAAAGCUUCAUGCGAUAGAUUUCCUCGAGUGCUCCUAUUUCCUGAGGGAACCACAACCAACGGAAGAUAUCUCAUUUCAUUUGAACUUGGUGCAUUCAUCCCUGGUUACCCAAUCCAACCAGUAAUUGUACGCUAUCCUCAUGUGCACUUUGAUCAAUCCUGGGGGCACAUUUCUUUGCCAAGGCUCAUGUUUCGAAUGUUCACGCAAUUUCACAAUUUCAUGGAGGUAGAGUACCUUCCUGUUGUUUCACCUCUUGAUAACAAGAAAGAAAGUGCUUUCCACUUUGCUCAGAGGACUAGUCAUGCUAUGGCAGCUGCACUCAAUGUUGUACAGACAUCUCAUUCUUUUGGAGACUUGAUGCUUCUCAUGAAAGCAGCUGAUUCAAAAUCGAAACAGGUGCGGCCCUCAGCUUACAUGGUUGAAAUGGCGAGUGUAAAAUCUGUACUCAAUAUAAGCAGCAUGGAAGCUGUUGACCUUUUGGAUAGAUUUCUUUCUAUGAAUCCAGACCCCAGUGGUCAUGUUACCUAUCAUGAUUUCUUGAGGGUUCUAAGACUCAAGGCCUGUACCUUUUCUGAAGAGAUAUUUGCAUUCAUCGAUGUUGACAAAAAUCGAGCCAUCACAUUUAAGCAGUUCUUAUUUGGAUCAGCGCAUGUCUUGAAGCAACGAUUAUUCCGGCAAGCCUGUGCAUUAGCUUUUUCUGAAUGUGUUUCUGAGGAUAAUAUCUACGUUUUAGAACAGCAAUUUGGAGACACUAUCAGGCCUGCAAUCCCGGAUUUGACUGAAAAUGAGAUCCGUGAGCUGUUCAAUCUUUUUGAUACUGAUCUUGAUGGGAGAAUCAGCAAGGACGAUUUUUUCACCUGUCUAAGAAGAAAUCCACUACUAAUUGCCCUUUUCUCACCUUGCUUACUUAACAAGGACUUCUCAGAAGAUGGUAAUAGGUUGGUGGAGGAGAUUGUGUAGUGGAUGGAUUUUCUUUAGGGUGCGUGAAGAUAUAUUGUACACCGUCGUAACCUCCAUUAGUCUGGUAUGGUUUUUGUUGGAGUGUGAUUGAGAGAGUCAGAGAGGAGCUUCAGGUUGGGUUUUGCUAAGGUACAGAGAGGAGGGGGCAUAAUAUUUUAAUCUUGCUCCCUUGAGUUGCUUAUAGUUUGAUUCAAUUACUUGUUUUCGGGUCUGUAACUUGACAUAUCGUGCUUUACAAAGUGAUAUUACAUAUUAGUUGGCAAUUAAUUAAGUCGAAAUUUUUGCUUCUGA